AUGCGUUACACAUCCUUCCUCACCGUCGCUGCAUUCUCCAGCAUUGUCUUGGCUUCGUCAGUCGCGCGUGCCUCUCAGGAUGAUGUUGCUAGCAUCCUCGAGGCUCUCCGUGAGAACAACCCCGAGGAUGCCGAGGCCGCUGCUGCCGUUAUGAAUGUCAAGCUCCGUCGUCAAGAUGACGUUGCUUCCAUCCUCGCUGCUCUCGCAGCCAACAACCCUGACGAUGCGGCUGCUGCCCAGCAAGCCGUUAACGGCGCACAGAAGCGUGCUCCUCAGGAUGAUAUCAACAGCAUUCUUGCCGCCCUCGCAGCCAACAACCCAGAUGACGCUGCUGCUGCCCAGCAACUCGCCUCUUCUCCGAUGCACAAGCGCGAGCCUUAUGUCGUUCCCAACUCAAAAGCCGUAGAGCCUCUCUUGAGCAAGCGCCAGGACGACAUUAACAGCAUCCUUGCCGCUCUUGCAGCCAACAACCCCGACGAUGCGGCUGCCGCUCAGCAACUUGCCUCCAAGCCAGCGAGCAAGCGUCAAGACGAUGUCGAAAGUAUCCUCGCUGCUCUUGCGGCCAACAACCCAGAUGAUGCUGCUGCUGCCCGCCAAAGCAUCCAGAAGAGACAGGAUGAUAUCGCAUCUAUCCUUGCGGCUUUGGCACAGAACAACCCCGAUGACGCAAAGGCGGCGCAGUCGCUCGCUAAGCGAUGGAUGGCGUAG